CACCCGCUUGGCUAACUGUAGUUGAUGCUGGCGUCAUCAUGCGUGAAAUUGUACAUCUGCAAAUUGGACAAUGUGGCAACCAAAUCGGCUCAAAGUUCUGGGAAGUGAUCAGCGAGGAACACGGGAUCAACAAGACGGGCAUCUAUGAGGGCGACAGCACGGUCCAACUGGACAGAGUCAACGUCUACUUCAACGAAGCACACGGUAAGGCGUCAUCGAGAAAGUCCACGUCGGCCUUACCGAUGAUGACUGCGUCUCGUUUUCUGUGUCCAGGUGGUAAAUAUGUACCUCGGUCUCUGCUGGUUGACCUGGAACCCGGAACUAUGGACAGCAUCCGAGGCAGUCGCAUCGGUGCUCUCUUUAGGCCGGACAACUUUAUUCAUGGCAACUCAGGGGCUGGCAAUAACUGGGCAAAGGGCCACUACACCGAGGGGGCGGAGCUGAUAGAACAGGUGAUGGACCGGGUGAGGAACGAGAGCGAGAGCUGUGACUGCCUGCAGGGCUUCCAGCUGGUUCACUCCCUGGGCGGGGGCACAGGCUCCGGCAUGGGAACCCUCAUGAUCAACAAGAUCCGAGAGGAGUACCCUGACCGCAUCAUGACCAGCUUCAGCGUCAUGCCCUCGCCGAAGGUCUCCGACACAGUGGUGGAGCCCUACAAUGCCACCCUGUCGGUGCACCAACUGCUGGAAAGCACAGACGAGACCUUCUGCAUUGACAAUGAGGCGCUGUAUGACAUCUGCUUCCGCACGCUCAAACUCACCACGCCCACGUACGGGGACCUCAACCACUUGGUAUCCAUGACCAUGAGCGGGGUCACCACGUCCCUGAGAUUCCCCGGGCAGCUGAACGCUGACUUGAGGAAGCUGGCAGUCAACAUGGUGCCUUUCCCCCGGCUCCACUUCUUCAUGCCAGGUUUCGCUCCACUGACGGCGCGUGGCAGUCAGCAGUAUCGUGCCCUUACCGUACCUGAGCUCACCCAGCAGAUGUUCGACGCCCGUAACAUGAUGACAGCCUGCGACCCCAGGCGGGGCCGCUACCUCACCGUCGCUGGCGUCUUCCGGGGAAGGAUGUCCACGAAACAGGUCGAUGAACAAAUGCUGGCCGUCCAGCAGAAGAACAGCAACCACUUUGUAGAUUGGAUCCCGCACAAUGUCAAGGUUGCCGUAUGUGACGUCCCGCCUCGAGGCCUCAAAAUGGCCUCCACGUUUAUCGGCAACAACACGGCCAUUCAGGAGAUCUUCCGCCGAGUGGGCGAUCAGUUUGCGCUGAUGUUCAGGCGCAAGGCCUUUCUCCACUGGUACACGGGUGAGGGCAUGGACGAGAUGGAGUUCACGGAGGCAGAGGGCAACCUCAAUGACCUGGUGUCCGAGUAUCAGCAGUACCAAGACGCCACGGCCGACAUCGAGUCCGAAGUGGACGACGAAGACGAGCAAGAGUUGCCCGUGAUGUCUACAGCCCCGAGUGUCCAGCCUCAAAUGGAAGUUACGAUGGAAACAGUGACAGAAAUUCGUAGAGAACCCUCGGAUGAGGACAGACCUUGAAACGUCUCCGGUGCAAAAUCUGUGAGGAAAUGGUGCUGUGGAAUAUUUAUAUUUGUUUGUAAUCAUUUUUAAGAUGCAUUGCAUGUUUAUUUUAUUUGAAUAGAAUAUGUCUGGCAGUAGGGCAGCAAAAUGAAAUUGUGGUUAGCAAGUCUGCUUCAUAAAUCUGGGAUUUGAGGUUUCAAUCCCAGAUCCGGGAUUCCUGAGUGGACUUUGUCCACCCUGUGCUCGUGUGGGUUUUCUCCAGUUAUUUGUCCUCUUUCCACAUUCUAAAAUCGUGCAGGUGAGUUUCACCGAAGUCUCUAAAUUGUCCAUGCGUGGGAAUGGUUGUCUGUACGUGCCCUCCGACUGACUCUGGGCUAGUCCAAGACAAACCGUCUUGCUCAAAGUCAUUUUAUGGGCACAAAUCCUCUUGAAAAUGGAUGGAUUUUUGGUCAUUGGCUCCAGCUCUGGUGGCAUGGUCGGCAACUGACACAUCCGCCAUACAGUUUUGAGGACCCAGGUUCAAUUCUGGCCGUGCUUGUGUGGAGUUUGCAUGUUACAUCAGUGCCUGUGUGGGUUUUCUCAGGGUGCUCCAGUUUCCUCCCAUAUUGCCACAAUGGUAGGUUUGUUGAAACCUCUUUCUUAAAUUGUCCAUAGGUGUGAAUGUGUGUGCAAAUGCUUCUUUGUAUGUGCAGUACAGCCUUGGUUCUCGACCACAGUCUGUUAUAGAAGGCGGUUCGAGAAGUGAUUUGUUCGGAAACCGAAUCAACCACUGUGCGCGUUAUGUUAUUUCCGUUUUUUUUUUUUUGGGGGGGGGGGGCCUUCGUUCACAUUCACAAUAACAAAGCGCGUCGUGGGUGGGCCAGCUGGUCGGGGUGCACGCGUAAUAUUUCCAGGUUUUUUGGGCGCCAUGGGAAUUCACAACAAAGUGCGUCGUGGCUCAGCUGGUCUGGCUGUGCGUGUUCUGUUAUUUCCGGGUUUUGUUGGGGGCGUUCGAGUACUGAUUUUCGUUUGAAAACAUAAGUAAAAAAAAUCUCAACAUUUUAAUUUGAAAACCGAUUUGUUCGAGAACGGGGAUGUUCGAGAACUGAGGCUGUAUGUGCCCUGUGAUUUGCUGGUGACCAGUCCAGUGUGUACCCCGCCUCUCGCCUGAAGUUAGCUGGGACAGGCUCCAGCAUACCCGUGACCCUAGUGAGGAUAAGCGGUAUGGAUAAUGGAUGGAUCGAUGGAGGGCUUCAGAUCCCUUUGGCCCUUCAGAAUAGUGUAGACUAUGUACAGGUCGCUACUGGGAUUCUGACUUUGCGUAUUGGCGUCACUAUUUCUGUAUUCAUUAAGAAAUCUGUAUUUCAUUUUAUUUUUGAUUCAUUUUUUUCCAAGUUUUUCUAGUGACUCUACACACAUGUAUCAUUGAAAUAUAUAUUAAAAAAGUGUUCAAGUUACAAAAAAAGUCACAUUAGUACAAAAAUUAAGAUGCAAUGCAAUGAGAAAAGUUGCAUUGGUAUGACAAUAAAGAUAAUAAUAGUAGAUAAUAGUCAGAAUGUUAUGUGAAUAUGAAUUGUAAAAUUUUGAGAAAAACAUUGUGAUGUUACGUGAAUUAAGAUUCAAUAUUACUAGUUAAAAGUGCGAAUGUUACAAGAAUAAAGUUAUGAAAAUAAAGUAAUACAGUUCAUGAAUAAAGUAAAGUUAUGAGAAUAAAGUCAGAAAGUUGCAAGAAGAAAGUCAUCAUGUCAAAAUACCCAAAUGUAAUAUAUUCGGCAGGUGGUAUAAAUUAUGAAAUACUGUACUUCUGAUUGGUGCUCAAAGUCAGCAAUAGACUUGUGACACAAAAUCUGACAGUGUUCCUGUAUUGAUAUGACUUUCUAGGAAUGCUUUUAAACAAUAACUUCAAAAGCCGCAGGAGUCCUCAUCUUGGCGCAGUUGUAUACUUGCAAAUAUAUUACCAUUUUUCUUUUAAAACUUGAACUUUACACUCAUAAAGUUACAAAUUCAUGUAUAUCUUUUUUUUUUCUCUUUAACAACUUUGUCAGAACGUUUCAACUUUAUCUUGUAGUAUUAUUUGUUAAUUUUGUGUCUUUUCAGCACGGCUCGAAUACGCCUUUGCAUUACUCAACUACUUAAAACAUUUUACCAGUACUCUGAGUGCGUAGUGGCGAGUAUUGACGCUGAUAAAAUGUGCUUGACUGUCACACGGUUUCCUCCCACAGUGAGCAGCCUGGGACUUUGAGAUUACACAUUUUACUGCCUUGAGUGUCUGCGCCAUGCGAUAAGUGCAGGAAUAAAGUUAUCUAGACUUGUGUACUCUGUUGUAGUUUGUAAGAAAUCGGCUAACAUGCGUAAAUUAUCAAUGCUAAUUAUUUUUCACCUAAAAUAGAACAUUAAUAAGUUCAGAUCAGUUCAAAAAAUAAGGUUUGGAGUGAAGAAGAACAACCACAAAGAUAAAUAAUUCAAAUUUUUUAAGCCACUGAGGGCACAAAGUCCUUUAACAAGGGUAAUGAAUCACUCUUUGGUAAUCUCGUUAUAAAUUUGACAUAUUAGGUGUAACAGUCAUGCUAAAUUCCUCAUUCAUCUGUUAGUAUAAAAAACACAAAGUCAUAAUGUCGCAGGAGUUGAGUUGCAAAGUACUUGAAAAAGUCCCAAUGUUUCGACAAUGAAAUUGUACGUUUGCCUAUGUUUAUGAUUAUAUAAAAAGGAAGUCGCGACAUUUCCAGAAAAAAGUCACAACUCCCCAAAACAAAAGAAUGUCCAGAGAACAGUUAUAUAGUUCUCAAAAAGUUUUGUGUGCAUAAAAAAAAAAAUCACAAGCAUACGGGAAUAUUUGCAGAAUAUAAUAACAAACAAGUCAUAGUGCUACCAGAAUUAAGAUGUAAAUGGAAAAUGUUGUAAUGUUCCAGGAAUAGUUGAGCAAAUUACACAAACUUGCAAUGUUGUGGGGAAAAAAGUAUUGUUGUGACAAAAAAAUUGUUGGGAAAAAAUUUGCAAUGUUGCGAGAAUAAAAUUUUACAGUUUUUUCUUUAAGUUAUGUUCUGAGAAUAAAGUUGUAAAGUUACCAGAAUAAAGUCAC